AGUUUGGCAUUAUUUAUUGUUCUUUACUUUUCAGUAUUGAAAACGCAUUCUUCAAAAUACAAUAAAAUAAUUAAAACAAAAACCAAAAACUAACUAUAAUAAAUCUUGCUUCGAGAAAUAUCACAGGCAACACGAAAAAUGAGCAUCACUGUCCCCGUAAAUAAACGAGGAAUGAUUUUCAAUCCUAUUGUAGACUAUGAUCUCGUGCUUGCGCUUUUCCUCGAAGAAUUCAAUGGACGCUGGGGCAAUGUACAGCCAUCAGCGAAUACCGGCCUGGAAGGUUUCGAGGAGAAGUCUUUACUUGGCACAGGUUCAUUUGGACAAGUGAUAUUGGCAAAGGAUAAAGUAAAUGCCGCGUAUUAUGCAGUGAAAAUUAUGCUGAAAGACCAAAUUGUCAAGAUGAAGCAAGUGAUGCACGUGCAUACUGAGAAGCGUGUUUUGGCCAGUAUAAAAUUUCCCUUUCUAGUUUGGUUGGAAUUCUCAAGAAAGGACAAUGACUUUCUCUACUUGGGCUUACCGUUCAUAAAUGGUGGUGAAUUAUUUACCUAUCACCGCAAAGUAAACAAGUUCAGUGAGCAACAGGCACGUUUCUAUGCAGCCCAAAUAUUUCUCGCUCUGGAGUACUUACACUAUUUGCAUUUGCUGUAUCGUGAUUUGAAACCCGAAAAUGUUAUGAUCGAUAAGAAUGGCUACAUAAAGCUAACGGAUUUCGGUUUCGUAAAGCGCGUUGAAAAACGCACCAUGACGCUCUGUGGCACGCCCGAAUACCUUGCGCCUGAGGUUUUACAGUCGAAACCCUAUGGCUCGUGUGUGGAUUGGUGGUCUUAUGGCGUGUUUCUGUAUGAAAUGGUCAACGGCACAUCACCCUUCGCGCCACACAACAAUGACAUAAUGCUUAUGUAUGGCAAAAUUGUCGAUGGUGAAUACAAAAUGAUCAAGACCUUUAGUCCUGAACUGAAAAACUUAAUCGAGAAUUUGUUGCAAGUUGAUUUGUCUAAGCGUUUUGGCAGUUUAAUUAAUGGCAAUAAGGAUAUUAAGGAUCACGAAUGGUUUAAGCCGAUCAAUUGGUUUUCGAUACUUAAUCAGGAAAUGCCAGCGCCAUUUGUGCCACAAAUAGUGAAUGAUGAGGAUUUGUCGAAUUUCGAUAGGUUUCCCGAUGCCAAACGUAAAAUGAAAUCGAAAAUAUGUCGUUUUUGUGAUAUAUUUUCACAUUUUUAACUGAUCCUUCAAACACUGACCAUUGAAUCUAUUCUUGGGUCCUUUUAUAUCGAAAGCGAAUAAAGCAAGCUGUGAGUGUGAAACCUU